GCAAAGGGUCGACGAGACGCACCCAGGUCUUACUCCUACCCGCGCCGCCGCCUCAGGAUCCUCUGCCCCUCGCCGCCGCAAGGAGCAGCACCACGCCGCGCCGCCGUCUCCCUCCACUGCAGCAGGCAGCAGAUUGGGACCAUGGCCUUGGUUAAUAAACUUGGCAACCUGCUCAAGAAAGCCACCAGCUCGAACCCGACUCUCUACCAGGCGAUAAGAUGCAUGUCAUCAUCGAAGCUUUUCGUUGCAGGGCUUUCCUUUAACACAGACGAGGGCAGUCUGAGAGAUGCCUUUUCCCAUUAUGGAGAAAUUAUUGAUGCUAAGAUUAUCGUAGACCGUGACACUGGGAGGUCUAGAGGUUUUGGCUUUAUAACUUAUGCAGCAGAAGAACAGGCUUCAUCUGCCAUCAUGGCCUUGGAUGGAAAGGACUUACAUGGACGCAAUCUACGGGUUAGUGCUGCCACUGAGAGGACUGCUGGCUUCCGUAAUGGUGCUGGUUAUGGAGGUGGUGGUGGCAGCUUUGGAGGAGGAGGAUAUGGCGGUGGUGGCUAUGGAGGAGGUGGUUAUGGUGGCAACGGUGGCGGCGGCGGCGGUGGUUAUGCCCCCCCUGUGGGAAAUGAUGCCUUCUCUGGAGGCAGCUUUGCUCCUGCUGGCAGCGACAACUUUGCUGCCGGCAACUUUGGUGGAAACCAUGGUGCUCCUGCAGGUUCCACCAGUGGUGAUGAGUUCUCCCUCGGCACCCCUGGUUCCAGCUUUGAAAGCGCCAAGAAUGACGAUGUCAUGGACGACCUCUUCAAGGAUGAUGAACCUGACAAGUACGCCAGCAAGAAUGUCUAGGGCUCCAGUCUGCAUCUCCUUCUGCAAGUCCCUAAAUAUGUACCUUGGAUAAGUGUGAGGUGGAUGAUCCUCCAGACCAGAGACUACUUUCUUGAUGACUGUCUAGAUACCAAAAUAACUUAUGCAAGUACCUGCGUUGAGGUGACAAUGAGAAUGACUUUCUGUUUGCCUGAUUUAGCAUUUCUUUUCUCUUCACAAA